GUCCGUGAUGGCGGCGGUGGCAUUUGUUUCCAUGUGCUUAUAUAAGCAACGAUAACUGACUCUUAGGCUAGCAAGGGUACCUUUACAGACCGGACCGAUUCCCCAGAUUCAGAGGCAAACUCGAGACGAGAAUGAAAGUCACAGUUUCUUUUCUAGUGGUUAUUCUGCUGGUGACGGCAUCCUAUGGCAGCCCUGCGUACGAAAAAGAUGAAGUGAAGGAGGAUGACGCUACGGCGCAGUACUGGAAGAAGCCUGUCGGCUAUUUGCUAGAAAUGAUUGCAAAGUGGCUCCAAAAGUCAGCCGAGGGAUCGCCGGCUUCAUAUGCUGCAGAGGACGAUGCCGGUUUGCCUCAAGACGCGACGAUCGAGCACAUCAGAAAGGUUGCACAGCUUCUCAACAAGGUUGCGGAUGCGGUAGAAAAGGGAGAGAAAGUUGACCUGUUCGCCUAAGGCUCGUGUUUCACUGUGUGUUUAACGCGUGUCAGCAACAUGAAUUAUUUGUUUUCAUGAUAUGUCCUUUAGUUUUGCACAAUUUCUGACUCCCUGCUUAGAGAGAAAACAAUAAAACUACAGUCGAUAUUGCAAGAAUGAAUCACUGUGGGAAAUUCUGGCUUAUCUUUUGUCAAUAAACACACCCUUACAGAAAUAUGCAUUGGGCU